AUGUGCAAAGCCUGCCUCAUGUUUCAUUUAGAGCGGUGUUCAACAUCCAGCAUAAACGAGCGAUUUAGCCGACGAGCAGACGAGUUUCCCGUGAAUACCAAAUCGGUGUUCAAACAAGCGCAUCUGGUGAGGUUUUCGCUAUUCAAGUUCUCGGAAAAUAUGAGUUUGACUAAAAGGAAACCCGGAGGUUGUGUCUAUCUGAUAAACCCCAAGAUCGUCGACCAAAACUGGUUGUGGGCUAUCAAAGAGUCUUCAGAAAAAUCUGAUGAUAAUGAUGAUGACGAUGUCGAUGAUUAUGAUGAUGAUGAUGUUGUUGAUGAUAAUGAUGUUGAUGAUGAUGCUGGUGAUGAUGAUGUUGACGAUUAUGGUGAUGAAGAUGAAGAUGAUGGUGAAGUUGAUGAUGUCGAUGAUGAUGAUGAUUAUGAUGUUGAUGAUGACGCUUAUGAUCACAAAUCCUCUAACGGUUGUCGUGCCAAGUGUCUGAAAUCAGCCAACGCGACCUGGGCCUUGGAGAUUCGUGAGUUGACCUACUCUGUCACACUACAAUCAGAACUAAUGCGACUUCCAAGACACGUAAGACGCUCCAGUGCUCCGUCACGAAGAGACUGGGUCUUCCCGUGGCGUGACGGUUUGCGCACACCGGCUACCCUCAGAGUUCUAUUGGGAUAUCUGCCAACCCACUCUCUCACAGUGUAUCUCAUUGCAGGGUCGUCUUUAAGCAAGUCAAACUACCUUAUGGCAAACUGUCACAGUGUGCAGGAUGCCUUUGUGUACGAGUCUUAUGAAUCAACGCACAAUCCGUGUGUGUUAGCCGAGUUUGCGGCCAAAAGUCACUCUCUAGCUCCUUUCGCCAUUGCACACUCCACACAUUUAAACAUGAAUUUGACCAAUCAGAGUAGCGCACAGAAAAUUGACUAUUUUCAAAGUGACCACCCUUGUCACUUGCUCUCUUCUUUGUGUUUUGAUCACUCCAUUCUUGCCGAAAGUUGUUCAAAAUGA